AUGAUUAUUGGGUCCUUUAAUAUCAGAGGAGGGGGCGGGUCGGCGAAGAGAAGGAGGAUUAGCAACAUAAUUAGUAGAGGGAAGGCUGACAUCUUCUUGCUGCAAGAAACAAAGCUCAAGUCUUAUUCAAUUGGGUUAGCAAACAGCUUUUGGAGUACUGAGAGUAUUGGGUUUUUAGCUUCGGAUUCGGAAGGAUUGUCGGGUGGUCUUCUGAUUUUGUGGAAGGAUUCUGUUUGCGUCGUGGUUCACAGUUUCAGAGGCAGCGGCUACUUGGGUGUUAAGGUCAGAUGGAAUAAUCUCUUCUAUUACAUUGUUAACAUUUACUCUCCUUGUUCGGUUUCUUUGAAAUGUGUCCUGUGGAGUAAACUUCUUUCUUUAAAAUCUGUUUUUUCUGAUGGAGAGUGGCUGAUUGUUGGGGAUUUUAACAAUAUUAAGAACAAAGAGGAGAGAGUGGGGAGGAAUGUUGGAGGAAUGCGCUCGGAGUGGAGUGAUUUCGAGGGCUUCAUUAAGGACAUUGGAUUAGUAGAUAUUCCUUGCAAAGGAAAACGUUUUACUUGGUUUAGUGGCGAUGGGAGAUGCAAGAGCCGGUUAGACAGGUUCCUUGUUUCUAAUCUGAUUCUAGACAGGUGGGGUAUUGUGGGGCAGUUUGUUGGGAAGCGUGAAAUUUCCGAUCAUUGUCCGGUAUGGUUGAUGAUUGAUAAGGGUAACUGGGGUCCAAAGCCUUUUAAGUUCAAUAACGAGUGGUUUAAACACAAAGAUUUUUUUUGUUUCGUAGAAAAGGAGUGGCUAGUCUUGGAUGUUCAUGGUAGGGGCGAUUAUGUGUUAAAAGAAAAGCUAAGACUUCUUAAAUCGAGGCUCUCUUGGUGGAAUUAUAAUGUGUUUGGGAGGAUUGAUUUGGACAUCGAGGAAGGGGCUAAGGACAUGAAUGAGAUAGACGAUCUAGGGCCGGAUGUUGGGAUGAAAGAGGAAGAGUUGAAAAAGGCUAGCAAGAAGUUUUGGCUUAACUUAAAGAUUUAG